CAACGCAGCAGACAACCCUAGACUAGCCUCAGGCCCGAACCAGGCAGACUUUCGGCCGUCAGCAAAUCCACCCGCUCACCUGACCCGCUGACUCACUCGCCCUGACAUAAGCAUCACAUGAUCCGCCGGCUGGUGUCGUCAUUGGAGAACGAGUGACCCGAAGUGUCCAGACCAGCCCGGGCACUGGCAGCUACUAAACUCCGGUACCUUACGACUGCAGCUAAUAAGACCGUGCCCUCUCCCCUCAUUCUUUCAUCCUCCCCAUCUCAUUUCUUCAUCACUCGAAUCACUCAUCAAGUUGAACUACCUCUCUCACACCUCAUCCUCGAUCACCAUGCUCCGCCAGUCCAUCGUCCGUCCCUUGUCGACUGCCAACCGUGCCCUGGCUACGCGGUCCUUCUCUGCUCUCGCUCCCAGAAUGGCCGAAGGUGAUACCGGUGCUCCCCGGGCGGGUGGCUCGGCGCAAUCUGACUCGUUCCAGCGUCGUGAAGCCGCCCAGGAAAACAUGUACAUCCACGAGAAGGAAAUCGAGAAGCUCCGCAACCUGAAGAAGUCCAUCAAGGACCAGCGCGAGCACUUGGACAAGCUCGACCAGCACAUUGACGAGAUCACCAAGGGCCAAGGUGGAGAGCAGAACUAAGCUCAUGCUCCCUCCGUUUCCCUCCAAAUAAUGUAUGACGGGGUCAUAUCACGUUCACCUUAUCAUCAGUGCUUGACGAUGUCGGAUGGGCAGUGUUCUGCUCAUGGCCUUAUAUCCCUUGACGAAAGCAUGAUUUUCUGAGUUCAUCUUUCAGUGCUCUUUGCCUCUGCACUUACUUCCUAGAUGUAAUCUAUCUAUCUACACGCCUAGCCUACCUACACAAUACUGAGAGCAUCCUCUACUCUUAUAUUUGAUCAAUUCGU